AUGCCGAAGCAUUCAAGAAAACGACAGAAACUCUCUAAUGAGGCCAAUCCCCUAACAAACGACUCAGCCAAAGAUGACGAAGAGCGAAGACUUGAGAGCCUACUUUUUGGAACAAAAUACGUUCCUGUUGGGAACAAUGGGUUGUUGCAGGUCGAGGCGGAAGCAGCAGAAGCAGAUGGGAGGCAGUUUCAAAAUUUACUGGACAACGAUCUGUUUUUCGUAGACGACGAAGUUGAACACAAUUCAGAUCGCAGUGAUUUCGAGGACCAAGAGCCAUCGGGCUCAGGCUCAGGUUCUCAGUCAGAAAACGAAGAAGGGUUCGAGAAACUUUCAACCCCGAAAAAGCCGCAUCCUCAUCCAAAGAGUCUGCAAUCUAACCGUAGGGCCCCUGCUUGGACAGAUGAUUCCGACCCGACCCGCGUUUCUUUGUCCUCAAAACGUCUCAGAAAGCUUCGAAAUGCGCCAGACGAAGAAACACUACCAGGGCGUGAAUACGAAUCUCGACUACGGAGACAGUUCGAACGCAUAAAUCCUGAACCUGAUUGGGCCACCCAAGCUCGUAAAAAAACCUCGCAGACUGACGAUGGAAAUGGCGACGCUGAAAUGGAUUUCAACACUUUGCUAUCCUCCACCUCUGGUAUCCACCAUUCAAGGUCUUUGCGCUCACAAGUUCUUGCUCCUGGAACUAUCGAUAUAUCUCGCUUGCGCGACGCGAACCAGUCCGCACAAAAUUCAGGUUGCGGCGAUAUCAAAUCGUUAGCAUUCCAUCCCAGUGAACGUGUACCCGUACUAUGUGUGGGCAGCUCAGAUCGUCGAGUCAGAAUGUACAACAUCGACGGGCACACAUCUCCCUUAUUACAAACUCUCCACAUACCGUCUCUUCCUCUAAGCUCACAGUCCUCUGUUGCUUUUCAUCCAUCAGGGUCUCAUCUUCUAUUAACUGGCUCAAGACCGUACUAUUUCAUCUAUGAUCUACAAAAUGGAACUCUCAGUGGUAGCGACCAAAGUAAACACGGUCUGUGGGGGACGCGGUUCGAGGAUCUCUCAGCCUCAUUAGAAUCUCCGACGUCUUUCCGAAAGCGAGGUAGGACGCGGGGUGCAGGCGUUGACGAAAGCGCCCCAGUCAACUCACAGAACACUCCAGGCGCACCUGGAAUGGAAGUGACCGCUUUCGAACCGAGAACAGGAUCCAUACUUGCCGUCGCGGGUCGUGGAGGCUAUGUUCAUCUUGUGGACUGGAAAAGUGGCGCAGGGCAGGUCAUUGGCAGCCUCAAGUGUUCGAACGGUGGCGGGGGAGUGAAAGGUUUGUGGUGGGCAUCUCCAUCGAGCGAAAGAUAUUCGGAACUUGAUACUGGAUUUGGGUCUCGGGAAUACUUGACCGUGCUUACCGGGGACUCAGAAGUGUAUGUGUGGGAUGUCGGCGAGCGACGGUGUGUGCGGAGAUGGACAGAUGAAGGCGGAUUUAGAGGGUCAGGUAGAGUUCUUGCAGGAAGCGGGAAAGGUUCUGGUUGGUUAGCGAUCGGCUCCAAUACUGGCUUGGUCAAUGUGUAUGGCACAGACUCAUAUACGCCUUCCACUGUAUCCACAUCAAUUUCGUCGUCAUCGUCUUGGUCUGGUCUUACUCCCAAGCCACUUAAAACUAUCGAGAAUCUCAUCACCCCAAUCUCCACCCUUCGGUUUAACCAUGAUGCGCAAGUGCUCGCGAUGGCAAGUAAGGAAAAGAAAGACAGUAUGCGAUUGAUACACCUGCCCUCACUCACGACCUUCUCUAAUUGGCCUACAUCAAACACACCUUUAGGCCACGUCACUGCCGUGGACUUUUCCGCACGUAGUGAAUACAUUGCCAUUGGGAAUACUCGUGGAAGAGUACUACUAUAUCAUUUGAAGAACUUCGGUGCAUAUUAG